GUUGCAAUGCGUUGAAUUUCUCGGCAUCGUUUGUCAGUGCAUACCGUGUAUACUCCUCUGUGAAGCAAAACAUCAAAUUCUGUCUAACAAAAAGAAAACACAACAAAACAUACACUUCGCUUGUAACGAUGUCUGAUGGGACCUGGGAUCAAAUACAGGAGAUUAAAAUCAAGCGGAAUAGUUUACGCGAAAAGCUCGAAAAACGGAAAAAGGAACGCCAAGACAUUUUAUUGGGAUCCACAAAUUUAGCCGCUGCAUCGAGUUUUAUCAAGUCUGAAUCGUCUGGUUCGGAGGAUAAAAAGCCGGUCCUGUCGAAUAUAAAACAUGAGAUCGAUGCAGAUCCGGAGGUGGAGCGUCAACUGCUUCAAAUUCUGUCCGACAAUGCUUUAACACUACCGAUUAGUUCCAAGCAAUUGGCACAGCGGAUGAAUUUGCUUCGCUUUAAGCCGGUCAAUCAGGACAUUUUGUAUUAUUUCCUGCAGAAACUGGUGGCACAAUCUCACAUCAGCAUCAACAACAUCAACAGUAGCACUGAAUCUGGCUACGAGGUGACAUUAGUUGAUCACAGCCGGGUUCAAUCUCUAUUCAAUGACAUAGUCGAAGAAACUGAGGCAACGGUGAAGAGUGAAGAUAUUUUGAAACGAAAACUUGACGAUGAUUCCGACGAAGGAAGCGGUUCGAAAUUUUCGAAAAAUCUGUCGAAUACAGACAAAAAGGUAUCACUCACCAAAGACACGUCGAACAACAACUCGGACAUUAUGUCCCUUUUAUCGAUGCCAUCGACACGAGAAAAGCACAACAAACAGGUUGGUGAAGAGAUUUUGGAACUGCUUUCAAAACCAACGGCUAAGGAGCGCUCGUUAGCUGAAAAAUUCAAGUCUCAAGGUGGUGCGCAGGUCAUGGAAUUUUGUCCUCACGGUACUCGCAUCGAAUGUCUGCGGGCUCAACAAGCAACGGAGGAACUGCAAUCGGUUAAAAAGGCUGACGAUCAAACAGUAUUAAUCAAAUUAGAAGAAAGCGCAGAGCCGGUCGUGGUUGAUUCAAUGAAAUGCAACAAAUUGCAUUUCAAGAAGAUCAUCCAGUCGCACACAGACGAAUCGUUGGGUGACUGUAGUUUCUUGAACACAUGCUUUCACAUGGACUCGUGCAAAUACGUCCACUACGAAGUGGACACUCUAUUGACUUCAGAAGGUUGCAAGGCUGACAACAACAAAAACAAUCGAUGCAUUGCUCUGCCCAAACUGAAAACAAUCGAUCCGGCCGCAAAACUAGACCCACCGCAAUGGAUACAAUGCGAUUUGAGAUUUUUAGACAUGACGGUGUUGGGAAAGUUUGCCGUUAUUAUGGCUGAUCCUCCGUGGGAUAUUCACAUGGAACUACCUUACGGUACAAUGUCCGACGAUGAAAUGCGACAACUUGGUGUACCCGCUUUGCAAGACGAUGGUUUGAUUUUUCUAUGGGUCACCGGAAGAGCCAUGGAACUUGGCCGAGAAUGCCUAAAAUUGUGGGGUUACGAGAGAUUCGACGAACUAAUUUGGGUGAAAACAAACCAAUUGCAACGCAUCAUUCGUACGGGUCGAACGGGUCACUGGUUGAAUCAUGGCAAAGAACACUGUUUGGUCGGUACGAAAGGCAAUCCACAGAAUUUGAACCGUGGCCUAGACUGUGAUGUUAUUGUCGCUGAAGUAAGAGCGACAAGUCAUAAGCCAGACGAAAUCUAUGGAAUCAUUGAACGCUUGAGCCCCGGAACGCGAAAAAUUGAAUUAUUUGGUCGACCGCACAACGUGCAACCGAAUUGGAUUACGUUGGGAAACCAGUUGGAUGGGAUCCGGCUAGUAGAUCCAGAAUUGAUUGCGCAGUUCCAAAAACGGUAUCCUGACGGAAAUUGUAUGGCUCCGUCACAGGUUGCCGCCAAGCCACCAGCGUAAGAAAAUGGGAAGUAGUAUGGACGCUGCUGAAUACCAAACUAAAUUUUUUCUUAGUUUAAAUCGAUUUCCAUGCAAAAUGUCCCCUCUCAAUUGUAAAAUAAAUCUUUUUUUUUUCAAACGGA